GUCUGCGACUCCCCGAGUCAGCAGUUUUCACUUUGUCACGUUCGGCAAGGUCGCCCUUCGACUGCCGACACCUCAGGGUCCCACUUUGGCCCUUUUAUUUUGGGACUUGAAAAAGUACACACGCUCGAUUUGAGUGCUGAUACCAAAUUGAAAUUUAUUGCGUCCAAACCCAAAGUGCCAACCGCACAAAAUUCAUUACCAACAUGACACCUCCGCCUCAAGUAAUUAACUCACCACUAAAAAAAAAAUGAUUUUUGAAAUUAAAUAUUUCUCAAUUCAAUUAAAAAUUGUUCCUAUCCUUAAACAAAUUAAUCUUUAGACAAAUCUAAACUGAAAAUUCACUUCUUCUUGGUCAUGACAAAGUCCUUCAGAUAAGCUGGCAAUUUUUGUUCUCGUCUUGGACGACUUGGUGUCACCGACACUGGUGGAUCUGGAGACUUUGCCUUCAAGACUGGCAGGGGCCUCAGAGGCGACCUCAAAGGGCUCGGAGGCGGCUUCAGAGGUGACUCCGGAGGCAAGGGCUGCGGUGGUUCUGGUUCAAGCACCACAGGAGGUUCCUCUGCUGGUGGCUGGUCCUCUGGGAUCUCAUCAGGUGGAUCUGGUCCUGGGUUUAGAACAAGUGAGCCAGGAGGGUUGUUGUUGACAAUCCUUUUCACCUGAUCAGUAUGUCUUUCAGCCAAGCCCAUGGGCGUGUCAACCAAAACUCGUCUUGGCCCUAACUCUUGACGGACAAUGCCAGGCUCCCAUUUCUGUUUUGGGUUUCUGUAGCUCCUAAUUACAACUGGUUGCUCCUGCUGGAGUGGUUUGAGAGGUUUUGCCUGCAAAGCCUCGAUCAUCUUUCUAUCUCUGUUGGACUCUCGUUUCAGGGCAGCAGCAUCAGGACGGAGUUUGUCCAGGAGAGUGAGAGGUUUUCGGCCCAGAUUGAACUCAGCAGGGGACACUCCAUACUUCUCACUGGGCGUGGAGUUGUGACCGAGCAGGAAACUAUCCAGUCUAUCUUCCCAUUCUGGCUCAGGGACUUUCUUCAGGAAGUUCUUGAUUGUCUGGACCGCUUUCUCUGCUUGGCCAUUUGUCUGAGGACUAUAUGGUGGAGAGAAAACUAACUCAACUCCAUUGCGCUCACAAAAAUCCUCAAACUUCUUGGCUCUGAGUCCAGGUCCAUUGUCACAUGCAAUGACGUCACACACUCCUUGACAAACAAUUCGGAGGGCUACCUUGGAGUAAUUUGUUCUUCACUGUUGACAGGGUGACAUCAGACUGUGUUUCUCUCGUCAGCUCAGUCAACUUUGGCAACUGAUUACAGGAGGUUUGUUCCAAGACUUGCAAAAAUGCAAUCUUCCCUUCCUCUUCUUCCUCCUCCUCCUCCUCGUUCUCCAAGUUGGGCAGUGGCAUUCUAGAUAAACAGUCAGCAUUGGCAUUUUUCUUUCCAGGGCAGUGUCGAAUUUCAAAAUUAUAAUCCCUCAGGAUCAGACAAUACCUUUUCAGUUUUGAGGGCAAGUCUUCUCUAAUUGGCUUUCCUUUUCCAAAAAUUCCUACGAGGGGCUUAUGAUCAGUCAACAGCUCAAACUUGUAUCCCCACAAGUACUGUUUCAGCUUCUUUACACUCCAAACAAUAGCCAGGGCUUCCAACUCAAUCUGUGAAUAAUUAUUUUCACUGCUCUUCAAUGACCUUGAAAUAAAUAUUACAGGUACCUCUUGACCCUUUUCAUCCAGGUGACUCAGCACAGCCCCUAAGCCUCGACGACUGGCGUCACAUGCAAGCCUAAUAGGCCUUCUUGGGUCAAAAUAGGUUAAGGCAAUGCACUCCUGUAGCUUCUUGUUCACGCUUCGAAUGGCGCUCUCACAUUCCGCAGUCCACUCGAACUUGACUCCUUUUCUCAGCAAUCUGUAAACAGGAGCCAGAAUUGCAGCUUUUCCACUCACAAACCGCUCAUACCCCAGCCACGAACGCAGUUCCUCGACGUUGGUGGGUGAAGGCAUCUCCUUCAAUGCCUGCAACUUUUCUUCAGUUGGCAGAACUCCAUCCUGCGUAAAUUUGUAUCCGAGGUAGGUCAACUCUGGAACAUUAAAUGCACAUUUUGAGAUUUUGACUCUCAAUCCAUUCUUCAAAAGGGUUUCCAGCACAUUUCGUGUGCGGCUUGUUAGCUCAACUCUAGUUUCAGCAAACACUAACAGGUCAUCAAAAUACACAAAUACACCUGGCAGGUGUGCCACCAUGAUAUACACUUUUUCUUGAAAUACUGGCGGGCAAAUAGAAAGGCCCGGAGGUAGGCGAAGAAAUCGAAACCUACCCUUGUGAGUUGUAAUCACCAACACCAUGGACGACUCCUCGUCCACCUCGAACUGCAAGUAUGCGUCCGCCAGGUCGAUUUUUGUGAAAUAACUUCCUGUCUUGACGGACCCUAGCAGCUUGUCAAUAGAAGGAAUCGGAAAUUCAGCCGACGAACAGGCAGGAUUCACUGUAGCACUGUAGUCGGCACACAGCCUGACUCCCUCUCCCUUCUCAACGUACACCACUGGCGUGGCCCACUCACUAAAUAACACUUUCUCAAUCACCUUUUUCUUCUCAAGUUCUUCCAACACUUUGUCUGCUUUUUCUCGUAAUCCAAAUGGCACUUGUCUUGACGGCAGCUGUACUGGUUUCACUCCUGGUUUAAGUGGAAUAUGAAUUUUUCCUCCUUUCCACUUGCCCAGAGUCGGCUCAAACACUUGCUUCAAACUCCGCCGGCACCGACAUCAUCUUGUAGAUACUUGGCAACUCUGGCUGCACUAGGUGCAUAUCUGGUCCAAGUCCUUUCAACACAGGAAGGCCCACAGUGAUGCCCAAUGGCUCAAACCAAUUUCUGCCCAAGAGCGACGGCCCAUUUCUCUCCAUGACCAGCAGGUCAAGUUUCACCUCUGGCCUCCCCUUAGGUUGCAGCACCACUGGAACUUUUCCAAGAGCCAAGAUUUCUCCUUCUUGGCCCCACGCUUUCAUCUUUACUUUGGAUGGCUGCACCACUGAUUUGUCCUUGAAGUACUCGUUGAAUGUCGACCGACCAAUCAGACUGAAAGUGGCCCCUGUGUCGACCUCCAUCUGGAGACUUUUCCCAUUCACAGGGACACACAUCAACACCUUGUUAGUUGACGAGAUCACUGGAGAAGAUGCUUCCACCUGGAGGAGGUAAUUAGUGACAGCCUCAUACUGCCCCCUUUCUUGAUCAUCUUCAUCGUCCUCCUCUCCUUGACCUUCAACUAAAUUGGUCUUGCUCUUCUUGUUGUUACACACUUUAGAAAGAUGACCCACUUUUUGACAGGUCAAACAUUUUGAGUUUUUGAAUCUACAGUCCUUUUUCAUGUGGCCCACCUGGCCACAAGCAAAACACUUGCCACUCUUCGGAGACUGGAAAACUUGCUGCUGCUGACUUUGAUUUGCAGACACUCUUCCUCCCCCGAAUUUUGGCUUGAAACUUCUCUGCUGCGACACUUGAUUUACGUCAGCAUUUCCUCUAGAUGCAAGUGACUGGGCAGUUCUCUCUGCCGACUCAUGAGCCAUAAUUUUAGCUUUCACAAAUUUCAAAGUUAGUGUUUCAUCAUCUUCAGCCAACAGUUUCUCUCUCAGCUUAUCAUUUUUCAAACCUGAAAUUAAUCUGGCCACUAAGACUUCAUCCUUAUCACGGUAUCCACUCUUUGUAGCCAAAUUUGUCAAUUCCGCGAUGUAAACAGCCGCAGACUCCUCAGUUUUCUGACUUCUUGUGUUGAACUCAUGCUUGUACACAAUUUUCUUGGGCGCCUCACCCUGGUAGUACUCACGCAGCCGCUUCGUCAGGUCUCCGUAGGUCAUCGAAAGGACACCUUCAGGGCAGACCUUUUCGGCCACUGCGAACGAUUCAGGGUCUUGGUUGUCAAGAAACAUGUUCCUCCUCUUGGUAUCGUCGCUGUCAUCUGUCAGUUCUUUCACCGCAAAGUGGAUGUCCCACCUGCGCAAAUAUGCAUCAUAUGUCAAUGGUCCAUUCACUUGAAACGGUUCAAUUGCUUUCUUCAUUAUUAAUAGUUACUUAUCACACCUUAGAACAUCCACUUUCUUAACACAAAGGCCGGAUGACUCUGAUAAAUCCGGAUAAAAAGCACUCGUCUCUGGUCUCCGCGUUUUGUUGCGUCAGCCGCGCACACGAGGUUCACUUCACUCUGUUUUCCACAGUUCUCGUCGCCACUUUGUCACGUCUGCGACUCCCCGAGUCAGCAGUUUUCACUUUGUCACGUUCGGCAAGGUCGCCCUUCGACUGCCGACACCUCAGGGUCCCACUUUGGCCCUUUUAUUUUGGGACUUGAAAAAGUACACACGCUCGAUUUGAGUGCUGAUACCAAAUUGAAAUUUAUUGCGUCCAAACCCAAAGUGCCAACCGCACAAAAUUCAUUACCAACAUGACAUUUUUCAACCAAUAUCUACAGAAAGCACAAAAAACCAAGAAGUGAACAAAUGCAAAGUCAGGUGAAAGAGGAAGAACCUGUAGUUCAAAACGAAGUUGAAGAAAAAGUGGAACUGGCACCAGACUUUAAACCCUCAGCGCCUGUUUUGAGUCCAGUUACGACUCCAGUCAAAAGCAAAGCUGAAGAGACCAACGAUCCAAAACUUGAUAAUGGCAGCGCGACACUAAAUAGUUUAAAUAAUAAUGUUGAAAUUGCCGAGGAAGCUGCGUUAGUUUUAGGAGAAAAUGAUGGUCCACAAAAAGCAUCUAAUAUUCCUGAAACAAGUGUGGGAAAAGUGGCAAUGCCUCCGAGGCCAGCGUCAACUAGGCCUGGUUCUGCCAAGCCUCGACCUUUGACAGCUCGACCUGCGGCUCCUCGGCUCAAAGAAAGAUUAGUGCAGCCUGCUGCAGAGGAAGUUAUCCAGAAUAAAGAGCCGACAAAAAGUCCUGAGGCUGUGUUUAGCAACAAAGAUGAAGAUGAUAGUGAAUUUGUUGUUGAAGAGGCUGUAGCAGAGGCAAAAUUGGAUAAGACUGUAGAUGCUGCAGGCGCUUUAGAAGAGGAAGCGUCAAAAAGCGACCACGGAAUUCUAGUUUCAAAAAUACUUGGCACCAAGAGGGAACUUGAACCAACGCAAGAUGCAGAUCAAGAGGUUCAAUGGAAAGGCAACGAGGCAGUGAGGCAGGAAACGAAUCGAUUGAGAGAUGGACUCCAAACGACGGUACGCGCUGUGAAUCCACUGGCUCGGCUUUUGGACUUUCUGCAGGAAGACAUUGAAUCAAUGCAGUCGGAGUUGGAGCAAUGGCGCGCGAGUCUAGUACGCACCAAAGCCAACCUUAGGGCAGAGAGAAACGUAACGGAAGAAACCUUGACGUCAAUGAGGGCACAGUUGUCCGAGCUAGAUAAAGCAUUGGAGAGACAAGAGCACCUGAACACAGCAAUCAGGACCAAUAUUUUGAUGAACAACAACAAACAAUAUUAUCACAACAGUAAUUGA